AUGGGGCCAUUGUGGGAGGAGCGGCGGCAGCAGACUUGCUGGCACAGCCGCCUGUACCACAGGCCGCCUCACCGCUGCGGCCUCGGCCUCUGCUCCCCCAGGCUGGAGCUAGAGACCACAGCUCUCGCCGGGGAGGAGGUCAAAGAGGGGGUCCACUCCGCCCACCUCAGCACUGGUGCCCAGCCCACCUGGAGCUCCGAGAGCAAAGUCCUUGGGCUGCCCCCAGCCCACCCACCCUUCAUCCGUGAUGCCUGUGAUCCCCGCCUCUCAGAAUCAGCUCGGGGGUGCGUUCCCGAGGGCAAACGAUAUUCCGACUGUGUCCCCCUCCCCAGGUCGAGCUGGACCUCCCUCCUCGCGCCCCUGCUGGCUCGGCAGGACCUGCGCCCUCAGCCCAGCCCGCCCCUCACCUCUCGCGGGUCGGGAUCCUCACGCCAGGCCGGAGCUGGACGCCAUGACCAGGUCCGGGUCGGUGGGUGGAAGGGGGUCCUGCUCGCAGGUCGGAGGUGCGGAGGGCGCAGGAGGUGGUCCUUUGAUCCUGGAUGCCUUGAUCUCAACACCGGCCUGGCCGGGGCGAGGGUGUCCGGGUUCGCCGGGCGCCUAGGUCCCAGCUUCCCGGUCGCGGAGCAUGGUCGUGGGCGGCGGGGAGCGCGCGCCCGUCCGUCCGUCCGGGUCUCGGGACUGGGGUCUCAGCUCCCGCGCCGCCGCCUCCUCCUCCUCCUCCUCCUCCUCCUUCUCCUCCUCCUCCUCCUUCCUUCCUCCUUCCUUCCUUCCUUCUCCUUCCUUCCUUCCUUCCUUCCUUCCUUCCUUCCUUCCUUCCUUCCUUCCUUCCUUCCUUCCUUCCUUCUUUCUUUCCUUCCUUCCUUCCUUCCUCGCUUCGCCUCCUCCUUUCACUUUCCCCGAGGCCGGCGGGGCGGCGGGCGCGGGGCGGGGAGAGGGCUGUCUGGGCGCUUAUUGUUGGCCGCGCGCCGAGGGUCCGGGGCGCAGCCCCCGGGCGGCGCGGCGCGGGGGGACCCGGGCGUGCGGGCGUCGGGCCGGCUGGCUGCGGGCGGCGGCGGGGGUGCAGCGGCCCCGCGUCCGGGGCAUGUCCGGCCUCUGGCUCCGCCGCGCGCCGCCUUCCCGGGCUCCGCUGCGCUGCCGGGGCCUGGCCCGCUGCGCUCGGCUCCGCUCCGGCCCCAAUACGCUCCGCACCGGGCGCGCUGGCGGCCUCCUUCUGCCUUCAUUCCAGAGCCGCGCGGCCCCUGUCAAAAUAAGAGCUCCCCCAUCUCCGCCUGCCCAGCCGCUCCCCGGCCUCCCAGCGGCCUGACUCGUUCUCAGGCAGAGUGGGUGCUGAGAAAAUGCUUGUGGAAGUGAAACCUUGGUCUUCUCCCAAGAACUCUCUCCACACAUCAGCGUGACACACACACUCCCCUGAGAGCAGAUGCAAUGAAAAUGAAGUUGUACUUUUUAUUUCACAUGUUACUUCAGUGUUUCCCACAAACCGUGAGAAAGACGUGACGGCCCCAUUAGGGCCCCAUUAGACUGGGGAGGAAACGGAAGUCUCCGGCUUCACAGCUGGAAAAUGGAAAGCCCAGGACUAGAUGUGGGCCUCGGUAUCCCAGGGCGCUUUCCGGGCCCCACUGCCCUCACCCACCGGAUUAACACCAACAAGGAAGGAGGAUGGCUGCCUGUCCUGUAUGUACCCGGUUGCUCCAAAAGAUUCUUGGGGCCCAAACCAUGCCUCCUACGCCUCUACAUUCCCCAGGCACUCAGUGCUGGGCUCAUAGUAGGGCUUCCAUAAAUUCACUGGAUGGGUGAGUGGUGCCAGCAGCUGGGCCAGUCCACAGAGCAUCCCAGUGCCUACUAACUGCUGCGCCAGCACCCAGCUGGGUUGGGGAUUGACUCAUCACACCCUGUGAGCUGGUAUUAUUCCCACUUAAAGGAAAAGCAAACUGAAUCCCAGAGAGGCUGAGCUCUGGUGUGAAAGAAUCCCAGGGCCUAGGACAGCGAUGGCGAACCUAUGACACGCGUGUCAGAGGUGACACGCGAACUCAUUUUUUUGGUUGAUUUUUCUUUGUUAAAUGGCAUUUAAAUAUAUAAAAUAAAUAUCAAAAAUAUAA